GUACAAGACAACGUGUACAACGGGCCUGGCCUACACUGAGCCAACGGAAGGCAACCGGUCUCAUGGUGGUAAGAAUUCUGAAUACACGCGCAGAAAUGCAUCUCCAGAAACUCGCGACGGCCUCGACUACACCACACUCCGUUAGUGCUAGAAGGCAUAGUCUCUCUGAUCGCUCCUAGCUUGAGUUCUACUACAACCAUGUCUCUCGAAAAGCAAGAUAGAGUGUUCAUUGAUGGAUGCAUGGACAUGCUUCACCAUGGCCACUCUGGCGCUAUUCGCCAAGCCAAGCUCCUCGCUCGCCAUCUCGUGGUGGGCGUCCAUUCUGACGAGGAGAUCAGCUUUAAUAAGGGCAUCCCGGUCAUGAAUAUGGAUGAACGGUGCACAGCUGCUGCUGCCGUCAAAUGGACAGAUGAGGUCGCUCGCGAUGCGCCGUAUGCUAUUUCUCUUGAUUUCAUCGAUGACCAAGGUUGUCACUAUGUGGUCCAUGGCGAUGAUAUCACAACGGACGCGAACGGUGUAGACUGCUAUCAAGAAGUUAAGGAUAAAGGUCGUUUCAUGGUUUGCAAGAGGACACCAGCCAUCAGUACGACUGACUUGGUGGGCCGCAUGCUGCUGCAUUCGCGCGAACAUCAUUAUGGUCCGAGGUCAGAGAUACCAUACAGUGCUGAACAUUUGGAACUGUACAAGAAUUAUGCGACAGGUCCCGAUGCUGAGACACCCAUGACCCAAGUUUACAGGUACCGUGAUGGUCAGGCACAGAUGCUCGUAGACGGCCAAGGGCCCUCAGCGUCGCAAGAAGUGGUGUACGUUGAUGGCGGCUGGGACUUGUUCAGUGCAGGUCAUAUCGAGGUGCUCAAAGCUGUCAAGGAUCAAAAUCGUUUCGUUGUGGUUGGCAUUCACGAAGACCGGACAAUCAAUCAGCACAAAGGCUUCAAUUAUCCUAUCAUGAAUCUCAAGGAACGCACACUCACAGUCUUGGCAUGCAGAUACGUGGACGCAGUCGUCAUGUCUGUGCCAUUUGAGACAACAAAAGCGUUUCUUGCCACGCUUCCGUUCACGGUGCAGGGUGUAUUCCAUGGACCGCUGCCACUUCCUGCCGAACAGCAUGGCUAUGAGGAUGUCAUGGACAUGCUUCAGAUAGUGGAGCAUCACCGCUUUGAGGAGCUGAAUGCAGGAACCAUUGUCAAGCGUAUCAUUGCACGCAGCGAUGAGUACCUCGAGCGGCAACGGAAGAAGGGCAUCAAGGCAACGAAUGAAGCAGUCCUUCGAGCAGCAGAAGUGGGAGAAGCGUCGAAAGCGUGAAGCAAAGUAGAUUGAACGAGUCAUGAAUAGAUGUAUGCAGUAGUAAAAACAUUGGCCGGUGGCUCUACCAGGAGGCCUUUUUGACGCCAGGCAACUCGCCAUCGAGGGCUUUGAGUCGAAAUUGAUAUCUGCACAGCCUGAAAUCCCGAAAGACGCCACGCCCUCUUGAUGUCUCAACACAUCGGUUCUUGACCUGAUUGAUACGUGUAUUGGAAGGCAUGUUGCUGAGUUGGAUUUGCGCCUGAGCGCGCGCCCGAGGAGCGAGGGAUGUGUUUCGCGAGAUGUAGCGUAGGGCCUGGCGCAUAGGCUCCGCGUCUGCUGCGGCUAUCCGCUUGGCCAUGUCUCUUAUGCUGCGGGCCUUCAUUGUGCUUAGCUCUAUCGGCCUAUAGGUGUCUC